UUCCCUACUCCUGACCAGUUCUACCUUCAAACCUUUGAGCCUGCCUGUUCCUGUUUCGGAUUUGUUUGCCUGACCUGCCUUCAGACUCCUGCUGGUUUCUGCCGGUGGACUGAACCUGGAACUGUCUCCUGACUUUGACUUGGAUUUUCCCUUCGGAGCUCUGAUCUUCUGGCCUGGACUCCUGUUGACCUCUUUUAGACGAGCUUUGCCUUCUGAAAACUCCUUCCUUCCUCCGUCCGCUUAGAGUUUCUCAUCAGCCAAUUUAGCAGCCUUCUAGGCUUUGGCUCCUCAAACUCUUUUGGCGGCGUCUGUGGGAGAUCAUCCGGCUGGAUUCCACUCCUUCUUCUGGGCAGAGACAGAACUCUAAAACCAGGUCUUCCACGUGUGCUGUUUCUGGGCUGGUCUGACUUCAGCUCUCUGAUUGGACACACCUUCUUCUCAGCAGCAGUCCCCAUCCAAGCGGGGCGGGACCAGGCCGGCCUUCACACCCAUGAUUGGUCCAAAUUAAGAACAUUUUGCAGCUUUUUCUGCUUGGCUUCCAGGAGCACUUUGUGCGUUAUAAAUACAGCCUGCAGCCGCGGAAGCAAAAUGAGCAUUAACACCCGAGGGAUCGGCGAACAGUCUCCAGCGCUCCAUGAUCUUUGUGAGGAGGAUGCUGCAGCAAGCGCUUCGAGUGUCCGUCCGCAACGCCUUCCCUCUGGUCAAGUGGAUGGAGAGGUGGGCUGAGGGCGCAGCUGCGCCUCAGCUGGGGAGCCCGCUGCAGGCGGUGAAGACCCUGGACGACAUGCCGGGGCCCACCGCUGCAAGCUUCGCCUGGGACCUGUUUGCCAGGGGUGGUCUGUCCCGGCUGCAUGAGUUACAGAUGGAAGGAGUUCAACGCUAUGGCCCUAUGUGGAAAGCGAGCUUUGGCCCCAUCCUGACGGUUCAUGUGGCAGAUCCGGCCCUUAUAGAGCAGGUGCUGAGGCAGGAGGGCCAGCACCCAAUGCGAUCAGACCUGUCAUCCUGGAAGGACUACAGAAAGCUCAGAGGACAUCACUUUGGACUAUUGACAGCUGAAGGGGAGGAGUGGCAGGCGGUGAGAAGUCUCCUAGGGAAGCACAUGCUGCGGCCGAAGGCUGUGGAAGUCUACGACACAACCCUAAACGGCGUCGUCAACGAUUUGAUUGCCAAACUUCGCCUUCGCCGGUCUCCCCAAGGCCUCAUUACCGACAUCACCAGCGAGUUCUACCGCUUCGGCCUUGAGGGUAUCUCCUCAGUGCUGUUUGAGUCCAGAAUCGGGUGCCUGGACACAUUAAUUCCCGAGGAGACAGAGCGUUUCAUCCAGUCCAUCAACACCAUGUUUGUGAUGACUCUCCUCACCAUGGCCAUGCCCAGCUGGCUCCACCAGCUGUUCCCUAAACCCUGGAAAAUAUUUUGCCAGUGCUGGGAUUACAUGUUUGAAUUUGCCAAAGGUCACAUCGACCAGCGCUUGACAGAAGAGGCUGAGAAGAUUGCCAGAGGGGAGAAGGUGGAGGGCCGAUAUCUCACCUACUUCCUUUCUCAGACAGGGUUACCCAUGAAGACUGUCUACAGCAAUGUCACAGAGCUGCUUCUUGCCGGUGUCGACACGAUCUCUAGCACUAUGUCAUGGACUCUGUAUGAGCUGUCCCGGCACCCAGAGAUCCAGGCUGCACUCAGGGAGGAAGUUUUGACCGUUCUGGAUGGUCGGACAGUACCAGACGCCACUGACGUGGCUCGCAUGCCUCUCCUCAAGGCCACAGUCAAGGAGGUGCUCAGGCUAUAUCCAGUUAUUCCUGCUAACGCUCGCGUCAUUGCAGAAAAGGACAUCCAGGUUGGAGGCUACCUAAUUCCUAAAAAUACCUUGAUCACCCUGUGCCAGUUUGCUACGUCACGCGACCCGGCCGUGUUUUCGAAUCCAGAUGAUUUCCAUCCCCAUCGUUGGUUCAACAAAGAUGAGGCUCAUCACCCGUAUGCCUCGGUUCCCUUCGGCGUAGGAAAACGCAGCUGCAUAGGUCGCCGAAUUGCUGAGCUGGAGCUUUACCUCGCUCUUUCACGGAUCCUGACCGAGUUUGAGGUGAAACCGGAUCCUGAGGGUGUUUCUGUGAAGCCGAUGACUCGGACUCUCCUGGUUCCUGAAAAUGCCAUCAACCUGCAGUUUGUUGAACGAUGAACUUCUCUUCUGAUCCCGACGAGUGAACGUGAGCUGUCCCCUCGCCAUCCAAGCUGCCCUUUACUCGGGCCGUGUGGGGAGGACAGGCUGCUCAGGCGCAGCGCUUCGUGUCAGAGCGGGUCUUCGACCUUUGGCACAGUCUGGAGCAAAGCCCGCCUAACCUGAAGCCUGGUGCACGUCGGCCGGCACAUAGCAAAGAAGAGGGCUUAACUGGCUUAGGGUUAGCAGCACAUUUUGUGCUGAGAAAGAUAUGAAAGAGCAAACGGAAGCUUUAUGUCUGCACUGUUUCUACAGAAAAAUCUUUAGAUGUCUAAAGUUGGACUUAAAUGCUAUCAGUUCAGGUUACAUUUUUAAGAAUGUGAGCUGUGCUCAUCAUAGAUAAUUUUCCCCAAAUCUUGUAACACUUUUUUUUUUUAAGUCCAAUUGGAAAAUCUUGCACUAUUCAGCACAUAUGGAGAAGAGUUUACUGCGUGCCUAUUAGACAAAUGUUUUAUUAUGAAACAUUGCAGCUGACUGUAUUGCAGUAAAUGAUGGUUGAUAUACUAGGACCAUUACUCUUCUUUCUGUCAGGGAGGAUGUUCUAAAAGGCAGCUAUAUAGAAUAUACCUGUGUAAUGUUGCAGAAUUCAUAGGCAGAAUGUCUUCAUGCAGCAAUUACAUUGCAUCAGUGCAACUGAAUGAUUUGUUUCAAGUUCUUUAUUUUGUUACCGAUAUCACAUUAUUCUGCAAAACCACAUGGAUCUUACCAUGGUAUUUAUUAUGUUAAAAAAAGCCUGGUGCUGCUACUGUAAAUGUAAAUAAAAUCUUUAAAAAUA